GCGUCUAGUACUAUAGUAAAGUAGUGCGCGUAUUCUCAGUGACAUAUCACCGUAUGAAUGCUAUUGAAAUACAUUUAUGGUACUUGUAUAGAUUAUAACACCGUUGUUUUUCGACAGUCUGCGCAAAUUGUGCGUGGUUUUCUUAAAAAGUUUUGGGUAAUAUAGUUAACCGGGCGGAGGAAUAUAUCCAGCCCUCCACGCGUCAAAAUAUUGGCGUUAAAGAAGUAGGAGCGACUUGACUACUGUUCAGACAACAGAGAGUACGCUGACGAGGCUGCAGCACCGGGACAGUGUACUGAUCAGAUACUUGGACAUUUAACAUUCAUUUAACAUGCGCGCGUACGGCUCACUUCUGUAGUCAUUUUUUGCGAGGGUCUGUUUGCGCAGCUCCUCUAUUUGAGAUCAGGGUUUUUUCCUUCUAACGGCAUUAUUCCUCUUGGAUCUCUAACGUGCAACAUAUCAAGGUUUGUCCCAGCCCUGCGGUGGAUUUGGCGCGCUCGAAUUGAACAGCCAGCAAAGGAAAGCAAGAUCGCUAGCUAUACCUUUUUUUCCAUUUCGGCUCAAGGGGACUGGAUCAUAAAGUACCGAUCACUGGACUUUUGCGAAUAAACGAGGGAGUUAUUUGGCAUAAGUCUUAAUAUGCUGCUGUCCAAGUUCGGCUCUUUCUCGCACAUUUGCAGCCCGGCGAGUAUGGAUCACUUGCCGGUGAAAAUACAGCUACAAUCAGCGAAAGUAGAGAAGGAGCCGUUUGAAAAGGUCUACCAGACGGGAUCUGUACUGGGGAGCGGAGGUUUUGGAACUGUCUACGCCGGGAGCCGGAUUUCAGACGGUUUGCCGGUCGCCAUCAAACAUGUGGCAAAGGAGAGGGUGACAGAAUGGGGGACUAUUAACGGUGUGAUGGUGCCUUUGGAGAUUCUCCUGCUGAAGAAAGUGGGCUCUUCGUUUCGAGGCGUUAUAAAGCUACUGGAUUGGUACGAGAGGCCGGACGGCUGGCUGAUCGUCAUGGAGAGACCGGAGCUGGUCAAGGACUUAUUCGACUUCAUCACCGAGAAGGGUGCCUUGGACGAGGAGACGGCGCGGGGGUUUUUCCGACAGGUCCUGGAAGCCGUCCGGCACUGUUACAGCUGCGGGGUCGUGCACAGAGACAUCAAAGACGAGAAUCUCCUGGUGGACCUCCGCAGCGGGGACCUCAAGCUCAUUGACUUUGGUUCGGGGGCGCUUCUCAAGGACACCGUGUACACAGAUUUCGACGGUACAAGAGUGUACAGUCCUCCAGAGUGGAUCCGCUACCAUAGAUACCACGGGCGCUCGGCAACCGUGUGGUCGCUAGGCGUGUUGCUGUACGACAUGGUCUGCGGAGACAUCCCCUUCGAGCAGGACGAGGAGAUCCUGAGGGGACGCGUUUGCUUCAGGAGGAGUGUUUCUCCAGAGUGCAAGCAGCUGAUCAGGUGGUGCCUCUCCCUGCGGCCGUCCGACCGGCCCACGCUGGAGCAGGUCUUCGACCACCCGUGGAUGCACGCCGCCGAGGGCCCCAAAAGCAAGGACUGCGACAUCCACCUGCGGACCAUCGACGCCUCCAGCAUGAGCUCCAGCAAGGAGAGUCUCUGAGACGCGCCCCGACAGAGGGGCGUGGCGGGGCGGAAUGGGGUCCACCCCCCACGUGCUGCCCCAUGCUAAGACUGAGCUACCGGGACUGUCCCCUGUUUUUUGUGUUUUCCUGUUUUGUAGAGGACUUGUUUGAUUUAUCCUCCCUUUUUAUCGCUUUUUUAUUUUUAUACCUUAUUGUUUCCUCAUGGGGAGGAGUUGCUGUUUGGGGGGGUCCUACCAGCACUUCCUGUUCUGUUUAUUUGUUACAUGGGUGGUCUAUGAACCCUGCCCCUCCCCUCACCACCUUCCGCCUCGGAUGCUGCUCUCGUAGAGCUCGGACAACUUCGGUUCCGUAUUUUAUUUUUAAUUUUGUUUUAUUUCGAGUGCCUUUUUUGAAAGCCUCGUUUGUGGGGCUUUCAUCCUUUGUUUUUAAACCUUUUAACUGUGUUUGUAAGUUGCAUAACGUGGAGUGGGAGCAGGGUGACUCCUCCCCCCCCCACCCCACUAUCUUAUACAAAUUGCGAGCUCCACACCGGAUCCUUUCAUUAGGGGGGAUGGGGGUGGGGCGGGGUCUCCCCACAGACGGUGGAAUACUUGAAUCACGCUCACUCUCACUGCCUCUCUCUCUCUCUCUCUCUGCUGCUCGCUGUCUCUUAAGCCUGAACUGGCUUUGAAAUGGGUUCCUCUGUUAAUUGUUUUACCUUUUUUUCUGAAUGUCUACCUGGGGGAGUUUGUAGCCCCCUGGAGUCCCACAGGUUUUGUCCCCCCCCCCCAUCUUUACUUGUUUCAGGCCCAGGUCUGCGUUGGCUUGGGGUGUGAUAAUGCACAAUCAAUGCAAUAUUCUUGGACUCAGUUAUGUAUUUUUAAAAUACAAUUAUUGUAUAAUGUAUUUCUUUUUUUUUUUUUUUUUUUUUUUCCAAUGUAUUUAUUUGUAUGAUUAUGUAUGUAGACAUUCCACACUUUGGUUAUUUAUUUAUUUAUUUUAUCUCGGCUUAAAAGGAGAAAAAAAAAAGAAUUCCCAGAAGGCCUUUUGUUUGCAUUCCUGUAAAGAACACGUAUAUUCAUUUGACAACACUAAGAUUGCAGAUGCACAGAAUUUGUUUGUUAGGAGAGGAGAACACAAGGUUUACUCUGUUCGGAUAAAGUAAUGGAUGCAGAGAAUGUUGAUUUCAACCCCAAAUCCCGCUUAAAGCCACACCUUGGAUGGCCAUAUCUGAAGUUAAAUAAUGCUAAUUGGUUAAAAAGGUUUUAAGUUAUUGAAGCUGCAUAGUCUCCAUUUAUUGAAUACUUGACAAAUGUUUAAUUUGGGUGGAAAAAAAAAAGCUAUAUGCUUGUUUUAGUUGCAUUGCAGCCAAGUGUUGGCGAUCUUUUGUUUUUUUUUUUCCCAGUUUAGCAGUGUGAAGUACAAUGAUGGA